AUGCGCCAACGCAACCUGGAUGAAGAGUUGCUCCAAGAUUCGCCUUCAAAACGAAUCGGUGAUGUGCUACAUGACCUCAAGGAUAUGACGGACGAUUUCAAUCAGCAACAAGCGCAGGUACGAUUUUUGAUUUGGCAAUGUGCAGAACGUCAAAGGCAAGAAGCCAGCACCAAGAUCUCCAUCAAGAAUUGGUGGAAAUAUGAGUUGCAAGGCAGCCGAGAUUACUUUGCCAUGGAAUCGCAUCGGCAAUCUCUGAUUGAGUUCUACGCAAAAGAGGCCGGCAUAGUGGAUGGCAAAAUCAAGUCCUUCAAGUACUCCAACUACGUUGGCAGAAAUCUGAGUCCCUUUUGUGUGGUAGACACAGGUGACUCUCGAACCCGCCAGCUGUUUCUGGAACACAUGAAAGGGCAGUACGCCAACAAAGUAAAGGAAUGGGUUGAUUCCACACUCCAAACGGAAAUCGGUGCUAUGAGGUCAGACCGCUACAACAAAACCGGCGUGAAUGGGACGCUGGUUUUUGAGCCCAUGAUCAGUACGUUUGACAAAGUCCAAAGCAUCCCGCUCAAGUUGGUCAUGACUGUGAUCUCUGAGUUGCGACCAGAUCUUACAUGGAAAAAGGACUGGGCCCACAACACAGUGUUCAUCCCGGAUGCAGCCGGGCAAGUGGAGACAUAUCUCGCUUGGUGUGCUUUAGACCAUCUUCAUGGGAGAUGUGUGAUAUAUAUCAACGAAGAGUUGUUUGACAAAAGGGCCUUCAGACAGGCGAUCACAGCCCAAGAGUUCGCUUGGACGUCCCGGAAAGGUUGGGGAAAAAGCAAGAGCAAAACCCUGGCCACUGUUGGCAACUUGUCAAGAGACGACGUUGUGAAUCCGGAAGGAUCCUUUAUGGAACAGAUUGGGCUCGCAAAGAGUGAGGGAAAAGGAAAGCGGAAUGCUUACAGCACGACAGUCGAGCGAGCCAUGAAGAGCGAGCUCCCGUUCCGCAUAGAAGUGCUAUCUUUGGCCACAACCGAGUUCGUCAAGACAUACAAUGAGCACUUGUACAAAUUGCUGACCCGUUGGAGUUGA